AUGGCUCCCCCGAUGAGCUUCAAGAAACGCCUGUCGCUUCGCGAGAAGUUUGAUCAAAUUCUCGACAUGGACGAAGAAACCGCAGCUCGAUAUCGCGCCGACACCAUGAAGGAGCUUGAGGCGUUGCAUGAAGAAGCGCAAACGACCUGGACCGAACAAUUCAAGACUUGCUCGAAGUGCGAAGACGACGAUGACGUGGAUGUCGCGCAGGAGGAGAAGGAGUACGCUUCGGCCGCCGAAUUCAAUGCGCAUUUGCAAGGUCCCUUCCACAAGCCGGCAUCCAAAUGGAUGCGCUAUGCGGAGAAGCACUGUGUCGAUGACGAUGGCGAUCUUCGAUGCCCUUACUGCUCGCAGGCUGGGAUCCUCAACGCUGCCACGUAUGAAUCAGUCGAGCUCCUGGUCAAGCAUGUCAACGACAGCAACCCUGCGAAUACGAACCAGUCGCACGAUGAGUUGAAGACCGCCGCGGGCUGGUACACGGAGGAGUUCCAGCAGUCGCUCGCCCCAUCGAUGCAAGACAACACCGCGCAGAGCCCCGACAACACCGAUUACCGCCGCCUUCUUGGCUCCGGAAUUCUCCUCACGCCCGGUAAAGUGAUGCACGAAUCCAUCCCGCAUCCGACGCUCCCUGGUGUCUCGAUCGGGCCUCCGCCCACUUCGCAAGAUCCCGCCGACUUGUUUCCCGACCUGGUCUCUCGUGGACUUCCAACGCGCAACCUGGAUGUCAUCCCUCCUCACCUCGAGGGCAUCAUCGGGAAGGGGUAUCAAAAGCAUUCGCAGAGGACCCUAGCAUUGUGA